GCGUUUUGUUUCCAUUUAUGGUUAGAUGGCUUCUUCAUUCUCGGGGUUUUACUUUUCUCUUUUGAUAAAGUCUUCUUGUUGUAAACGACACCGUUUUGGACUAUUUGUGUUUGUAAGUCUCUCACCAGUUUAAAACAUUCUUGUUAAUCACAAAGAGAAACUUGGGCCUGCUGAAGAUAAAAGCCCAAUAUUAAAGCGAAUGUAAGAUACAACGGUCAUCUUCAAAUUUGGAAAACGACAAGAAACUAAAAACACAGAGCAGAGGUGCUGUGAAUCAUGAAUGCAAAAGCUUGUACGGAGGAGAAAAAGUUGCGAAUUCGCAGCCCUUGAUACGCUUCAUGACUCAGGAUGAUGACAUCUGUCCUCUCUCUAGGGGUUUAAGUAAUUGCAGAUGGCACUCCCCCCCUAUGAUCCCAAUUUCGCACUGGCAGUCGCAUACUUCCCAAAGCCAAAGACUGAGAAUGACCAAGAGCACGAUGAAGCUGUUUCUGCUGCUAUGGUAGCGGUUGAUCUGAUAAGCUCUGCACGGCUUAAAAUUAAGCUGGAUAGUGUCUAUACCGAGUACUCUGCUCAGUAUUUGGUGGACAAUGCUGCUGGCUCAACCGGGCACAAGCUCACUGUCAAAGGCUGCCUUGAGUUUGCGUUAAACAAAGGCAUACCAAAAGCAGAAGAUUGGCCACAGUUGGGAUCUGAGUCAAAGCCCCCAUCAUCGUACAAGCCUGCUCUCGUUUCCAUGAAAGGAAAAGUGAUUGUGCCUAAGGAUUUGGAGGAAGCCAGUGACUUGGUUGUGCAUCUACCCGUGGGAGCAAAACUGCAUGUGUUCAACCCACACAUUGAACUUCAAAAAGAUGCAAUUUACGUGGCCCCUCAGGUGAGCGAGCCAGCUAUGUUGGACUUAGAGAUGGUAUCAUUGUUGGAGUGGAGAAGAUCCAAGGAAAGUCCAUUGCAACAGUGAAGAUUUGGUACAAGAAGAAGUUCAGAUUUCUCAAAGUGGCUAUGAGCAGGUGGUUUGUUCAGUACGCUGUUGGCGAGCCGGGCUCACAGUCUAACGUAGGG